AUGAAGACAGUUGUAGUUGACGGCUGGAUUGUAGUCGUUAUGGCUGUUCCUGUCGAUUUUUCCGCUGUAGUGGAACCUGUCGUUUCUAUUGUUGAUGAUGUCUUUGAUGUCGCUAUCGCCGUUUCAGCCGUUGCAGCUGUCCCACUUUUAGCUAGCUCUGUUACAGUUUUUGGUAUUUCAGUGACAUUUUCAUUUGUUUCUGUUGCUUUUGCUGUUGCCACUGUUUCAGUCGCAAAAAGAUCAGGAAUAGUUGGUACAUUUGUUGCCGUUUUCGGCGUUUCCAUUGUCAUUAAGUUUAUUGUUGCUGUUGGUGCUGAUGUUGUUUGUACCUUUGUUGUUAUUGUCGACGUUUCCGUCGAAACAGCCGGCUCAGCUGUUCCUACUCCUUCUAUUGUCUUUGGUGUUGCUGCUACCUUGAAAGUCGCUGUUGUUUGUGUUGCCUUUGUUGCAAUUGAGAUAUGGACACCAAGUGAUUUUGAACUUUCGCCCUGA